AUGGCGGAGUCCUUCACAGUAGAGUCCACCGACGCGGCCUCAUCCGCCUUUACCCUCAACAGCGGGCCUUACAGGAACAUUCCGAUAUAUGUGCAUUUGGCCAAGGGCCUCCCAGCCGAUGCCUGGGAGCAAGUCCACACAAAUCCCCUCUUCGGGGAAUGGGCUGCCAACCUUUGCCACGAGGGCCGCCUCAAGGCGGACCGCAUCACCAUACAGCAGGUCAAGCCAGAGAUCUGCAUGAAUGUAGAGGCGACGACGAGCCAGGGCACGUCAGUGAGUGGUCCAGUGGUCCUGCGGCCCAUGCAGUCUGCGAUCCUCAUCGUGCUGCGGAACUCAGUGACAAAUCUGGAACUUUGCGUCUUCUGCAAGCGGCCGGAGCUGGCGACGGGGCUGUCGGAAAGCCUGGGCCUGGUGGAAGGCAACUUCGACGCGGAGGGGAAGCUGGAGGGGCCGUGCGCGGCGCUUCUCGAGAAGCACCUGGGCCUGUCGCUGCACAAAGAUGACUGCGUGGACUUGUUGAUAGCGGCCCACGGGAGAGUCGUGGGCGAUUCGGGAGUUACUUGCAUUCCCUCCUCAGCCGCCACGGCGGAGGCGCCUCCGGCUGUGCGGUCCCGGCUGCUCCUCUACCGGAGUGUAGCGACACCCGAAGUGCUGCAGAAGCUUGAACAGGAAGUUGGCAGGACCAAAAGACACGGAUAUCCUCCAGCCACUGUGGGCUCGGCUCAGGAAGGAGAAGACCUCCUUGGACUUAGCGUCGUGUACAUGGGUGACACGUGGAGGGCGACGUUGGACCCGCGGGCGGUGUUUGCGUUAUUCCUUCUCGUGGAAUUCCGUUAUCACCAACUCAAGCUGCCGAAAGCUCCAAGGUUUGCGGCGCACGACGGCAAAGGGGCAAUCUUGGGCGCCCCCCGCAGGGGCGAAGCUGCCAGCAGCACCGCGCUUGGUGCGCCUUCUAAAAAGGCAGCAGCUCAGUUCAGGAAGAUCUCUUCGCUCACCCCUCUCUGCACCGGCGUCAACUUGCGUGUUAAAGUUGUGGAGCCGAUCAAGCCUGCGCCCGACGUCAUCCUCCCGAGGGGUCAAGUCAUUAAGAGGGCCACCAUGGUGGUAGGGGAUGACGAAGCCAUGAUCACUCUCAACCUGGAAGGUGUUCAGCUUGAACUUCCGGACGUUGUGAACACCCCUCUUUUGAUUAGAAACGCAAAAAUUCAGAUGGAAGAAGGACACAUGAGACUAGCAGUAGACAGAUGGGGGAAGAUCUCUGACGCUCGGAACGACGACUUCAAAGACUUCAAUUUUUCAGUUUGUACUGCUAGAGAUAUGAGUGAACAAGAGUAUGAACUAGUGCACAUGCCUGGAAGUGAGCAAGAUGCCGCUGAGGGCCCCAGCGGCCGCGCCGGGAGCCCCCCAUUCGCAGGCAGGGGAAGGAAUGGCAUGCGGGGCAGAGGCCGAGGUGGCUUUAGAGGUGGCCGAGGGAGAAGAGGCAUAUAA